AGCAUGUCAGCUAUGAAGAAGUUGAAAGGUUACCCAUCCUCUUUGGGGAGUACGAAAUACAAGUCUCUGUAUACUAAGCCUAAGCAGGUUGGAAAGGAGUCUAGUAAGGCUAAGAAAGGGACUUUUCUCAGAGCAAGGGCAUCCCUUCAGUCUACUCAACCCUUAGCAAAGGAACACUCAGAUGUGAUGAAAGCUUCCAAGCAAGCAAAAAGACUGUCAAAGAGUCGGAUGAGUGGCAAAAUUAGUUUAAGCUCAGUCCAGUCAGCUAUUAAAAGAUCGAACAUUGAUGCCAGGUCAAUUGGCAUGUCCAGUCCAGUGAGCUCUACUUCUGAAUUAAAUUGCAAAGGGUAUGUGGCGACAAGGCCGCUCACACAGAAGUCCAAAGACACUGUGCAAGCCAAGAAGGACGACAUUCAGAAUCAGGUCCAUGAGUACUUUAAGAAGUACUCGAGCAAACUUGUGCAGGAAGUAAACCACUUAAAGCUGGAGAUGAGCCAGAUGAAAGCUAGGAUCAGCAAGUAUGAGAAAUGUAUGCUUGCUUUCUCACUCAAGAAGGCUACUUCAAAAUCUCAGAAGUGAAGUACUGAUUGAGGUAAACAACCUCUUGGUCUUGCACAGAGAUCACAGAAUUGUCCGGUUUUGGGUAAUAGUUCUAAGUUCAAGACUAAGGCUAGGAAAGAAGCUGCUUCUUCAAGGAACCAGAAGCUAAAAGAUCAGAAGUAUAACCAAACUCCUCAAAGUAGCAGUGUACCCACCAAAUUGAGGAGGGAUAAAAAGAGUCAAAGAGCAGGCUCUAGAGCUUACUUUAGUCUAAAUCAAGAGCCCUCAUAUGACGAUAAGGCUGAUAUUACUUAUGAUAAUGAUAAAGAAGAAGACAUUGUGCUUCCUCUAUUCACUGGACAUUAUGUCUCCAAAGAUCUGGGAGUUAAGAACAGGACUAGCUCUCUGAUGAAGCCAUACAAACGUAAAAAGGCAGAAUCCCUUGAAGCGAAGUUGCAAAGGAACAAAAGUUUCACGUCAAAUACACUUCAGACUGUUUUCCUGAAUUUGGCUGAACAGAAGGACCUUUCUAGGGUGGAGCAGACGCUUCCCAACCAAUCUGACUUUGCAGAAAGUUGUAAAUCUCCCAUGUCAUUUAAAUUUGAGUCAAAAAGAGGAACUCCAGGUCCAACCAACUUGAUGUUAGAGAGCUCAAUUGAGAAACGAGGAGUUGUUAAUAGAACAAAGCUGCACUUCAAUCAAAAGUUAGGUAGUUAUGCUAACUCUCCAAGGAACAAACCUCUGAUAUCUCGGUCAGUUAAUGAAAUGAGGAAGGUUAGGCAGCUGAACUCAUUCAAAUCACUGAAUGUCUCCCUUGCGAAGCUAGAUGGGACAUGUAUUUGUAGAGAACCGAGAAAUCUAAAAGAUCCUGAAUCGAAAAGUUGUGGGACUUAUUGUAAAUAUUUGUCUUCAAAUGAGCAAAAAGAUAUUAUCUUUAGAAAAUACCAACUGAUCUGUGCCCAGUCUAUCUCAGAACGGUUUGAAUAUGUCCUCCCAGCUGACUGGUGGAAGAUCUGGUGAGAUUUUGUCAACAUUGAGUACAAAACCUUUGCCCAGCAUUGCAAAGAUACUAGGUUAGCAGCUGGAAGUUUCCUUCCUAGUAAAACUCCAGGGUCUACUCUAAGGAUCUCUGAAGAGAGCGAUAUUGAGUUUGAUAUGAAGACUUUUGACCAAGAAGCCAUAAAGGCAGAAGCACCUAUUCAAAUAAUUCAAGAUUCAAGGAACUCUUGUGAUAAGUCCAAUGAUAGCAGGCUUUCUAUCAUCCCUAAUGACGACAGGUAUAAUGAGAUUUAUACAAGGCCAGGGAAGAUCAUAAACAAGCAGUUGAUAGAAAGAGUUAAGCUUGGCUCAGAUAAGGAGAAUCACCUUCCUUACAUUCCUCCCAAGGAGUCUCAAUAUGAGUUAAAAUCUCACCUUCAAGAGCUCCAUGACUAUAUCUUGGUGUCCAAGGAGAGCUGGAAAAAUUUCAGAGCUUGGUAUGGUAGCGAUUUUGAGAUUAACUUCGCAGAAAAUAAGGUUUCUGAAUGUUGAGGUAAAUAAGAUUCUGUUCAA